CUCUGCAAUUCUGGACUUCAGAAAACAUCAUUACACUGAGAAAAAAAGACAUUACUUUUAAGCAAUGGCAGUUUCGAUGGUGUUCCCAGGCCAAGUAUUCAGGACUAAUGCAUGCUCGAAUUCACUGAAGAUGCUUCCUCUUCCGGUUUACAAAGGAACAACACAGCAAAUGCAUGCACUUACAAAAACCAAAGGGAUGCUCAAGUACAGCAACAAGAGGAACACCAUCGGAAUCAGACCAGGUGGUAAUCAUAGAUUACAGGCAAUCCUGUCAUCGACAAACAAAUCAGAUUUUACACCGUCAGACACAGUAGAGCAGUUCUACGAAUGCAUCAACUACAAGAAUGUAACGAAACUGGGCCAAUUUUUAGCGAAUGAUUGUGUAUACGAGGACUUCUCCUUCCCUAAGCCUUUUCAGGGGAAAAAGGAGGUUCUGAAUUAUUUUCAGCAACUUACUAAAAGCAUGGGGGAUAAUAUUGAGUUCAACGCGGAAAUUAUCUCUAAAGGAGAGGAAGACGAUCACUUCACCAUUGCAGUAUACUGGUACUUAGAUUGGAACAAGAUUCAGAUUCCGUUCACCAAAGGUUUCAGCAUCUUCAUAUUAUCAAAGAGAGAAGCAAGACCACUUAUCAAGAAAGCUCAAGUUGUGAUUGAGCCGCCAUUGAAACCAGGAUCACUAGCACUGAAUUUGCUAAAGAUCGUUGCAUCAGUAUUCGAUGCAUUCCCAGAGGCUACCAAGUGGUUCUUACGGAGUCCUCAUGUGAUACUAAACAGAAUCUUUAGUCUGUUCUUGGCACCAUUCAUAAAACCGUUACUGGCUUGCUACAUCAGUCUGUGGAAGUUCAUAGUCGUCACACUCAGCUUCGCGUUCAACAUAUACCUCCAAAUUUCGAAAUUUUUUAAAUAGAGAAAAGUCGAAAAAUCAAAAAUUUCCCUGCUGACAAUUUAAAAAAUAUCGAUGUCAUAGUUGCGUUUAAGAAGAGCAAUAUGUCUGCAAUUGGCCUGCUUAUCUCUCUGGUUAGCAGUGCCGUAUUUCUGCCAUGCCGAUGACGUCCUAGUCUAAUGCCGAAAGCUGAACCGGACUCAUUCGGAUAAAAAUUAUGAAAAAUACUAGUUAUCAAGAAUUGUUCUCGAAAAUUUUUCCUUAAAUUAUAUUAAACUUCAUCAAGGCGGCAUUUGUUGGGACAUAUUUUCUGGCAACGUAAUUGUAAAUUCGUAAUGAACUGCGUGGUUUAUGACUUCAGGCUAACAAUAGACACACAUUUUGCUCGAGAAUAUUCGAAGUAUUUUUA